CUCGAACUCUUUUUGGCGCACUUUCACUUUCAUGAUGUUCUGUGUUUUCUUUCCCAUCCCGUCGUUCUCCGCCUACUGUCGUUGCGAUUAGAUUCGAUGAGUGUGAUGUCGCGGGUUGGAGAGAGGAAGUUGCAAAAUAGGCCAAGAAAAGAUAGACAAAUUGACGCGCGAAUCGGAGUAACAUCGUUGAGCGACAGAGAGACAACCAAAAGAUGCACCUUCUUUUAACGUUUGAUUUUGAAGAAAAGGUACUAAUAUGGAUUUAAUUUGAUUUUUGCGAAGAAAGAUUUGACGUGUACGUCGCUGUAGUUGCAUCGUGACACCCAUUGGGCAAAAAUGGGACCCUUAUCGCACCACCUGUACGGCAUUGCAACCAGUUUCCUCAACGAGACGCCCGCUGAUGAUGUGGCGCCGGCAGAUGCAGCGGAGGCCGCAGGUACUGAACAAGGAGUGUUGAUGAAAAUUUGAUGUCAUGGUAUGCUUGGAAAUGCUACUUUGAUCGGUGCCUUUAGAUGCCGCGACAACGAAAGGGUUUUUUCACAGCAUCCAAGAUUAGAUUUGCAUGAAAUGUGGUCGCGUCUUCUACACGAAAUAUCCGAUGGGACACAUGCACAUCUCUCGCACGACAGAUCCUUCCGCCGUCGCAGACCAGGGCGAAGACGCGGGCGUGAAUCAGGGCUUCGAAGGCAUCGUUCCGGCCCAGGUGGCAAAGCUGAAGGCGGAUAUGCAGGGAGAAGUCAACAUUCCGCAAAAAAUGGAAGAACUCUUUGGCAAAGCUCCUGUAGUCGACAAGGGAAAGUUGGAUUUGAAUGUAAGUAAGUACAUUCAUUAUCGCUUUGCUUGCGACUCCCCCCGAUUCCAUCACAAGUUCUUGCUGUAAUCGAGCGCCUCUUGUGGGCAAGACUCGCGCCUCUUUGGGGCGACGCGAGUAUUUCGAAAAUUAAACAUACGAAAACUCCAGGGCAUGUCGUCUCUGCGUCUGGCCGCUUUUGAGGGGGAAAACGCGGACGCCGCGCGCACCUGGGCAGCAAACCUGGCGGAGCUGAAGAAGCAGUGCUUCGUCGACAGUGGCGUGGAACCCUGCAAGGUGCUCGCAACCGAGAGCAUGUUCAUGGCGGCCAAGUACUACCAAAUGUGGGACGAAUCGAUGAGCAUGUGGGAUUCGCAAGGUGAGUAGAAUUACGCCCUGCUGCCUGAGUCUUGCUUUUUAUUCUCUGAAAGUAUGACUCUACGUCGUGGCGAGGAACGUAGAUUUGGCAGAAGAAUCAAGUCAAAACCUAAAUUUUCUAAAUGUCAGGUAAUGUCGAUGCGGACGGCAUCGGAGGGAAUGUCGAUAUGGAAGGCCUGGGAGGUGAGGAGCACGCCCAUGACAACUUGGGUGGGGCGGAAGAUGCGGAUGCCGCCGCUGCGGGAGUAUUUUUGGUUAAUAUGAUUAUGUGUUUUUUCCCUGCAUGAACAUGUGAAGAGGUAGUGCUAGUAUUGUCGCAAGGACGCGCCGCGUCGGGGAGACUAAUACUUCUAAUGUCGGUCGGACAUAUUCCUCAUAAGGAAAAGCACGCCGGUGUACCACACUCAGGUGUCAGCCGGCGAUGCCGGCGCGGAGCAAGCCCCAGCGAUCGACUCGGAGGCACUGCAAGUUGCGCAGGCGAGUAUGGGUGCGGGCUUGGCAGUCGGCGCAUCGCUGUUCAUGACGUUCCUUGACAACAACAAAUCUGAUACGCAAUCAAAGAAUCACGCCACAUUGCUUUGAAGGUCACACACAUCAAGAAUAUGCAGAUCAGUUCCGUUAAUAGCACCUGACCGAGGGAUCUGCGCAAAUUGGUUCAAAAUUACACACGAUAGAAGGUCACUGGUCAUGAUAGCGAAACUCGAGAGCAAUGAAAAAGUGCACGAAACAUGGAUCUGAAUCCUUUACGGGCAGCCUCCGUUUGGCAUCUUUGUUGUAACUGAUGCCAACCCGUUUAGCUGCCCUAAAGUAACUCAGCUCUUCCUAUCUCCAGCAUUAUUGAUAUGCUGAGAGAUGAUGUAACGCUGGCACAUCCACAUACACAUCGAUUUUUAGGUUUCUCCUCUAAAAUGCGAAAACGCAUUUGUAGUACAAGGAAGGUUCACUGGUUUACAUGCACCCGAGCUUUGUGGUGAUUCUUCGUUUCCAUAUCGAGCGUGGCCGGCCGCGCGAAGAAGGCCCGGGAAUUCCUGUGAGGGCGCACUAUUACGGGUGACAGAAUCACUUUUGAGGAGUCCUGCACGUGGAGGAAGCCUGGGAAUGUCGAAUCUGCUGUACGCAGUUCCUUCGCAUCAAGAAAUAAAAGAGAACUCGUUUGAGAAUAUCGAGCUGUGAGCUGUGUUUACUGUUUCGUUUAACUUUUUGCUUUCGAUGAACACUAUGCUUAGUGUGUUGAUUUAGAAAUGUGUGACGGUCAACAAAGGUCCGCUGCCGGAUGUUUAUGCUACACUACGGAACUUUAACCUUUUGCUUUUGCUAGACCUUACAUCUAAAGAUUUUGAAGAGCCGGCAGAAUUUUGAACUUCUCUUUUACGUUUCGGUUUCCUAGAACUUAUGUUUAUGAAAAUUGUUGUUGAUUAUAGAGAUAGAGGACACAGGCAAGAAGGGUCAGAUUUGGUGACUGAGAGGAAACCUAAAUUGUCGCAGAGCAAGUGUGUUUCGAAUUCGAAGUUCAAGUAUAUAUUUUGAAAAUUUCAGCAAACAGAAACAAGAU